UGGUGAUCGUAAGAUGUUAGAGUUAACGUGACCGCUCUUUUUUGCGACCCCUCGUCUAUUUAAACGACCAAACGCUGUUGGCGUCCGUUCAAAGCAACGGACGGAACCGAUACAACCCCCCUCCGUUCCUCUCUCUCUCUCUCUCGACCCUUUUUGUGCUCUGUCAUGGCGAAGGGGAGAGAACAGGACCAGGUCGAGGAAGGAGGGGGAGGCGGUAGAGGAGGAGGAGGAGGAGGAGGGAUGUGGAGGCCGGUGGCGUUGGAGCUCCGGGAGCUGUGGGCUAUGGCGGCCCCGAUCACCGCCAUGAACUGCCUGGUUUACCUGCGGGCCAUGGUGUCGGUGGUGUGCCUGGGAAGACUCGGCCCUCUGGAGCUCGCCGGCGGCGCUCUCUCUAUCGGGUUCACCAACAUCACGGGUUACUCGGUGCUCUUCGGCCUCGCGUCCGGACUCGAGCCGCUCUGUUCGCAGGCCUAUGGCUCCCGCAACUGGGAGCUUAUUUCGCUUUCUCUGCAGCGCACCAUCCUUCUCCUCCUGCUUGCCGCCGUCCCCAUCGCCGUCCUCUGGGUCAACCUCGGACCCAUCCUCGUCGCCCUGGGGCAGGACCCCGCCAUCACUGCCGCCGCCGCCACGUACUGCCUCCAUUCCCUCCCGGAUCUCCUCACCAACGCCCUCCUCCAGCCCCUCCGCGUCUUCCUCCGCUCCCAGGGCAUCACCCGCCCCAUGGCCGCCUGCACCGCCGCCGCCGUCCUCCUCCACAUCCCCCUCAACAUCCUCCUCGUUUUCGUCCUCCGCCUCGGCGUCCCCGGUGUGGCGCUCGCCGCCGUCGUCACCAACCUCAACAUGGCCCUCUUCCUGCUCGCCUACCUCCGUCUGUCGCGCGCUUGCGAGCUCAGCUGGGGGGGAUGGUCGCGCUUGGCGCUCCGCGGCCUCUCCCCUGUUCUCCGCCUCGCCCUUCCCAGCUGCGUCGGUGUCUGCCUCGAGUGGUGGUGGUACGAGAUCAUGACAGUGCUUGCGGGCUACCUGCCCGACCCCACGUCCUCCGUGGCGGCCACCGCCGUUCUCAUCCAGACCACCAGCCUUAUGUACACCGUCCCCAUGUCUCUCGCCGCCUGCGUCUCCACCAGGGUGGGCAAUGAGCUCGGGGCGGGGCGGCCGAAGCGGGCGAAGACGGCGGCACUCGUGGCGCUCGGCUGCGCGGCCGUGAUCGGCGUGAUCAACGUCGUCUGGACGACCGCCUUCCGGGAGCAGUGGGCGAAGCUGUUCACGGCGGAUGCGUCGGUCUUGCGCCUCGCGGCGGCUGCGCUGCCGCUGGUGGGGCUGUGCGAGCUCGGCAACUGCCCGCAGACCACCGGGUGCGGCGUGCUGCGUGGGACCGCGAGGCCGGCCGUCGGGGCACGCAUCAACCUGCUUUCCUUCUACCUGGUGGGCACGCCGGUGGCGGUCGGCCUGGCGUUCCAGCUCCGCGUCGGCUUCGGCGGGCUAUGGUACGGGCUCUUCACGGCGCAGGCGGUCUGCGUCGUGCUGGUGCUGGCGGUGGUGCUGCUGAAGACGGACUGGGAGGUGGAGGCAUUGAGGGCGAAGAAGCUGACAACCUUGGAGGUGGCAGUCAUAUCGGAAGAGAAGAAGGGACUCAUAGCCAGUGACAGAGAUGAUGAUGGAGCUGUUGUUGGAGUAUAGAUACCGAGGACAGAAGUGGCUCCACGAGUGGACCAACCAAGGGCCAAGGAACACCUUGGUUCUAUCAGCUCGGAUUCUGUGGCUUUUAGGGAGUUAGAAGGUGGUGGUUGGAAGGGGAAGGGGGAUGGGGAUGGAGGCUUAUCAAUGAAGCUUUUUGGAAGUGA